ACGCUGCUGACCAAGCCCUUGUCAAACUGCUGAGGGGCUGUAGAACCAGAACAGGAAGGAGCUUCAUAUUUGUCUUUCCUUCCUUCUUUCGGCUUUCAGCUGUCUCUUGGGAAACGUGCUGCCUGCUACUGCUGGAAGCUGCGAUUGUAUGUUCACACUAAUCGCAGGGAACUGCACUGGACCUAUCAGGAUUUUUAUUGUAAUUCUAUCAGCUGUUUGGGCAAAAAGAAAACAGAGCAAAGAGACAGAAGACAUCCAAGCUGAAGGAACAGCAGCUUCUAGCAUUUAUUUUAAGAACUCUUAUUAUUUGCAUGUCUUCAUGUGCUUCUUUUCAUAAAUCUUUCUUUUUUUCCUCUUCUCAAUGCUCAGGACAAUACUCUAGCCUGGCCGGACCAUGAGCAAUGAAUGAUCAGCCAGCAUGGAAAACCCUAGGUGCAAACACAACGGCUCCUCCAGAAGACAGCAGUGUACAGGACGGGUAUGUGCUGCUGCUUGUCCUGGUGUCCAUCUUUAUUGGAGGGACGCUAGUCCUCCUCUCGGGAAUCCUCAUCAUUUGCCGCAAGUGUUGUGAAACUGAUAGAAGAUAUUUAAGGGCCAGUGAGGAUGCUGAAAAGACCAAUACAACCUACCUUGAUGAUUCCCAGCCAACACAAGAAAUCACUAUCAAGGUGGAUGAUUCUGACUGCCUUUCAAGCUCGAGUUACCACGAUGUUGAAACUGAGCGAUUUCUGUCCACCUGUUCCACUGGACGCCGGGUCUCUUUCAAUGAAGCCUCACUUUUUGAUCAUGAGAAGAAGGCCCAGGAAAAAGGGAGGAGGUAUACUCUGACAGAAGGGGACUUCCACCACCUGAAGAAUGCUCGCUUGACUCACCUUGCCAUCCCCCCUCCUGCACUCAAGAUUGUGACAAUCCAUGAAUGUGAGUCAACAGAGAACACCAGCAUCCCAAUGACAAUGUGUAGGCCAUCUUCAUCUAGGUCGAAUCUCUCCAUCUUCCAGCAAGCUCUGGGAUCCCUCCCCCAAACAGCUCUGGCCAGUCAUUCCACUAGCCCCAGCUUGGCCCUACCUGGGGAUACGUUCAACUCCACUGUUGAUACCAGCUUCAUCGAAGUCAGUCCUCCGAUGUCAUCAGACUCUGGAGAGAGUGUCUCAGCUGAAGCCGUCACUGGGACGUCAAAGGGCAACAGCGGUGGCAGCAGUGGGACCGCGGAAGCAGCUGUAUCUUCAAGUCAGGGCACAGUGCUUCAGUUUUUCACCAAGCUGCGACGCCACACUAGCCUGGAGGGAGCCAGCCCUUACUUUAAGAUCAAGAAGUGGAAGUUUGAGAGCAGCCAGCGAGCUUCGAGCCUGGACACACGCGGGUCCCCGAAAAGGCAUCAGUUCCAGCGUCAGCGAGCUGCCAGUGAAAGCAUGGAUCAGGAAGACCAAGAUCCACACCAGACUGACUUCAUCAAGUACAUCGCUCGGACCAAUGAUGUCACCUUUCACAGUCCUCCUGUCCCAUUCCUGCCACCCCCCUCCAGUCCAGCACCUUCCCUCGGCAGGUACCCUUCAGUAGCUAGGUUAGAUGCGGCAGAAAUUGCAGCCAGCAGCAGUGAAGUUGCUGAAGGAAUGGACAGCAUAGAACAGCAGACAGCUUACAGAGACAUCUGGAACCUCCGGGCUUCUCUAGAACUUUAUGCUUCCUUGGACCAAAGUAGUAGUAAUGACAAAGACUCUGUGCGCAGUGAUGCUGACAGCGUCUGCUCCUUUGGUGGCUUACCAAGCUUCCCUUCCCAAGAUGCUGCUGAUGAGCUGGAAAGCUUCGAAGAGAAGUCCAUGCCAUCCCAAAAAACUAAACAGGACAGUGUAGAGUCUGAGCGUGGGAGUGAUGGUGAGUCUGGCACAAGAAAGCUGCUUCAGAUGGACAGUGGCUAUGCCUCCAUUGAAGCCCCCACUCGUCCAUUAGAAGACAUUCGGAUGUUUGGGACUGGGGAAAAAGAUAAAACAGCUUCUGAGAAAAGAAGGUUCUUUACUACUUCUGGGCAUAAAGCAACUGUCUUUGAGAGCUUUGAGUCACAGCUUUUUAAUGAGGAACUGGAGGAAGAGGGUGCAGUUGGGGGUGAAGUAGAACCCUCGAUGGGUUGGAGCCCCUAUGGCCAAAUGUUUAUUACAAGGGACUACUUGCAUCGACGGGACUACAGCAUUGAUGAAAAGACUGAUGCCUUAUUUAAUGAAUUCUUGCGCCAUGACCCACAGUUUGAUGACUCACCACUGAAAACAAAGCACCGCUCUCGCAUCCACUUACGCAAGCAGUGGCAGAGGACCAAGCAAUACAGUGACCCUGGAGUACGGUAUCCAUCUGCGUUUGAGAGACACCGCACUCCUUUACGUAGGGGUGACAGUGUCAGUGAUCCACUGGACAAUCGCUAUCAUAGUACCUUGCCACGUAUCAUAAGCACAGCUGAUGAGGAGUACAGUGAAGGUUGCAGUGGCACAGACCACACCAGAUCUGGCACACCAGACUCCACAGAACUAAAUCUCUGUGAGGGCAAGUCUGCAGAUCCAGAGAUAAGAGAUAAAGUCCAAAAUAUUGAUGAAGAAACAAGUGAACAGUCUGCUGUCUUGGAGCAGCUAGACCACACAGAAACAUCAGACUCCAAACACACGUUGGGCCACAUCAGCCAAUUUACAGGUGCAGAUGACCAUCUAACUUUGGGCUAUGGACCUCAGACUAUAGGAGCAGAGCUUUUAGACAAAAUCAGCACUAACAUUGAGGACAGGCUCUACACAAACUUUAAAAGAUCAAAAGACAGUCCUGAGUUCCUUGUUGCUGUUGCUCACACCUCACCUGAUCACAGUCCUGUUUAGCAAUUUCUAAUUUGGGGGUGGGGGGGCAUGGAUAGACAUUGAUUUCAGGGCUUAAACUUAACUACAGAUCACUGUGAGCCAUCUCCACUGCAAGCCAUAUAUCAUAACACAGUUUGGCUAGCAUCACUUCUUUACUUCAGGAACACAUGGUAAACAGGAUACAGAGAUUUAUAACUUUUUCCAAGCUGUUAAAAAUAAGAGUACCUACCAGGACUGGAAAUACUAAAUGUAUGUGCAUUUUAUGAAUUCUAAUGACUCAACAUGAAGAAAAAAAAAAGAAAACAUCUGGAAGGAGACUUUGUCUGCCUGUCCAGUGAAAGAAUUGCAGGUAGCAGUCCAGGGCAGCUGCCCAUCUCUUUUCCCUCUUUUGGCCCAUUGUGUGCCUACCAAUUUUUACUCUCCCAAAUAAUAUUUAGUUUCUUCUUCUCAUUAUGGCACUUCAUUCUACCUGCCUACCAUCCUCUGUAUAAAGAAGUAUUUUUAAUGUCCCACUUGUAUUAUACCAUUCAUUUCGUAGAGGCGAUCCCUACUCCCCAACAGGCCUAAAUGCAUCACACAUCUCCUUUAACACCUUAUGUGCCAAUAUAUCUACCUUCUCUCCUCUCUUUUCUAAUGAAAAAAAGACAAACUCCCCAAGCCUAUCUUCAGACACCAUUCUUUGCCUACUCCACACAUUCCUAGUUAUCUUUAUUUUUUUUCCCUGGGACCACUCCAGAACUAGCUGUUUUCCUGUAAGGUGACUUAAUACAGGAGUGUAAUUACUAUCCUGCCCCUGAAUGGUGCACCCCUGUAUUUGUCCUCUUACAAUGAGAUCAGUAGAUCCUGGUUUUGGUAGUGAUAACUCCAAGUCCCUCUCUUUUUCCAUUUUUUUGAUGCUGACUAACCCCAAGGGCAUGUUGCACCCCUGACUGGAUUAUCAUUCACCAGGUGCCUCACAGAUUCAUGUCAAACACUGUGUCCAUUAACAGUGUAAAAAAAAAGUCAUUGCUGCAGCAACAUCAGUAUUUAUAAAGCGAAUAUUUUUACAGAGAGCAAAACCCUCCAAUCCCAUACCCCUAACUUUAAAUAAACUGACUUUAAGAUUCCUCGUUUUUAGGGGUAAAAUAAUACUCUCAUAUUUCUGAGGUUCAGCAAUUCAUAGUUAGUGUUAUGGCAGACUUCAAUGUUAGUGCAACUCAAAGAGUUUGGGCAAGAUUCUAGACUUUAAUGCACAUAAAGUGCCCUGAAAGGUUGUUAUACUCCCUGCAUUAUCUUGCAGCAGAAACAAUGAAACAGCUUUUACAAGUCAGAUCACUCCUCUAGCCUUUUCAGGUUCAUUACUAGGUUUCAACCCCUGUCACUUUUUAUCUUUCAACUAUGGACCAUUUGCAGAGAAACUGACCUGGUUUUCCACAUCUGUUUGAGGAUAGACAUAAUACAUUAAAUAGAGAUGGGAGUAAAAUCUCUGUAUACCACCACUUGAAAAUUUCAUCCUUUUAUGCAUGUUCCCAUUUCCUUACCACUCUCCAUACAGCAGCACUGAAUCCUCUCUGCUGCUAGCGCGUACUUCUUGGAAGAAGCUUACACUGGGAGGCUUAGUCAGAAACCUUACUAAGUUCAUUUAGAAUAUUUUCAUAGGGUUGCUUUUCUUCACUUCUACAGCAACUCGGUCCGUCUUGCUCUUUCUGUUAUAAAUCAUUAAUCAACACACACUGCUCCAGAAACCUUAUGAGCCUUGACUAAACUACUGCCUGCAUAGCACUGUCCAUUACUGUGUCUAGACUGAUUGGCUUGCAAAUUCUCUGACCUGCUCCCUGCUUUGUGUUUGUUGUACAUUUAUAUCCAGUGGAGUCCUAAGUUGUAGCUCUCUCCCUCACCUCAUUCAUUUUGCAGAGCACUUAUGUAUGGAGGCUGCAUGUCCUCCCCACAGUCAAGUAGCCUUCGACAGACAUGCGUGAAUGGGCAUGCCUUCGUUGAAGGUUGGGCAUCGAGCUGGCACCUUGGCACCAUAAAAAUCUACUGCUAGUCAUUAGCGGACCGGAGUUCUGCUGUGGCGACCCCUAACCGGGAAAAGCCAAAAGAAGAAGAACAAUUAGAGCAAGGCUUUUCUAGCACCAGUAACCUUCUUUUCAAACACUUCUAGGCUGACUCUCUUUUUUAUGCACAACUUAGACGAUAGAAUGUUCCAGUCUGUCUCAGGCACACUGAGAUCUUCCAUCAUAAGCAAUCCCUUGUUUCCUAUCACUUAGUCCUGUCAUUAACCAACUUGUUAUCCCUGCCACAUACAUGGCAUGGCCUAUAAGUGUAUUAAGGGAGUAGGGAAUCUGACUGAACCAUUUUGUUAGAUUGUGAAAACUGGCACUUUGGAUGAGAAUUCUAUUAUCUAUGGGAAGUCACUGCAAGGGAGUAUAUUUUCUUAUCUGCAAGGGGCACUGCCCCCUCAGCUUUGAUUGUAAAUACAAGAGGCCCAGACUCCUGCAUGGUUGGUGUGAGGACAUCUGCCCCACACACACACUUUUAACAUUUCACCAAAUCAACUUUUGAUAACUUUUUUCCAACUGAAAGUCCAUCCAUUCAAAUGACGUUAGCUAAUUCACCCUACUGAUUGUCUUCUUUAUUUACACUGGCGAUUUUAUUGCUUGGAAGCAGACAGUGGGCUCCAUGGAAAUAAAAUAGCCGAGGUUACUGAUGAAGAUUUUCAGAACUUGGGCAAUGAACUGAGACCUUGUGGGACAACGUCUUGGCCCACAAUGGAAUAGUUAUGGCAUUCUAGAGGGAUUGUUUUAGGUAUGCCAGCUCUUACCCAUAAGCCAUAGGAAUGGAAGCUAGUACAUGAAGAUGUUAAAGGGAAUGCUGUGACCUGAAAAAAUUGUGCAUGCUGGAAAAAAAAAAAAAACAAAUACUAGCAGAUCUCAUUGCAUGAUAAUUUGGCAGAAUAAAGCCAUUGGUAGGAAAUAUGCAUAAAAAAAUAUAGAUCACUUUUACAAAAUAUAGUGUCUUGUUACCACCGCAGUCAUUUGGUAGAGUUAGCAAACAGCGGGCUUACAGUGCAGUACAAAAGACUGUACUAGUACAGAUCUUACAUGUACUACUGGACAGAAUCAGUGGGCAAAUAAAUGUUCCUGGUUAUACACUGGUCUUUUGAGAAGUUUGAAUGAGGACUUCUUUUCUAUGUAAAUCCGUAUACAUGGACAGUGAGUGAGAAGAGGUGACCGAUAACAGCUGGAGUCCAGUUUGAAGAUCUGUUAAAUGAAAAGCAUAGUAAUGAAAAAGAAUAGCUGCUGUGAAAAAUGAAAUGACAUUUAACAUGCACGUAUUGCUAACUGCUCAGAAAGGAAGUGACAAUUCUUAAUUAUUGGGCCUAGUACCAUUUUUGUGUUGCAUUGGGCCAAUCAGAGAGUUACGUAGUGCCACAUUUAAUUUAGCAUCCUGACAGUCAUACCUCUCAGCCUUCUGUCAUACAGCUGUGCAUUCCUAAUACAAGGCAGGGGAACAAAACUAUAAGACCAUCUCAUUGCACCGUGCAAAAAGAAAAAGGAAGAAGCCGCUGCUAAAGAUUGCAAAGUGCCAAGCCUGAUGUUUUACACCACUGUACAGGCACCUGUCUCAUACCAAUGUAACUUUCUGCACUGGUGAUAGUGAGAGUUCUGGGUGCUAUAUGUAUGGCUGCCCUGUGUCAAGAGGACGUGGCUGAGAGAUAUGACUGCACAAAGACGAACGGCAAUAGGCUCAAAAAUUAUCUUUUUUAUUUCUAUUCACAAGUGUCACUUUUUACCAUGUGUUCUCAAGUUGAAAAAGAAAGGGUAUACCUUCUUGGCCAGUGUCAAAUAAAGAAGUGUGGAAAGUUAAGUUUUAGCCCUAAUGAUCAAUGAAUGGAUGUAUAUUUUUAAAAAAAAAAAAAUCAAGUGUAUAAGUUAUGUGUGAAUGCUAGCUUUCACUUUAAACAAUUAACUGAUAUCACUCUGUUGCACAAUUUGCCAUUUUCACCAAACUUGGUUGGAAAGCUUUUGCUAUUUAUAACACCAUAACAUGUGCUUCCAGCAGGAGGGCUUAAUAACACAGGGCUCCAGUUCAGAAUUAGGCCUCCCAGUUCAUCCAGCCAGGAUUUGAUUAAUUUCUUCUGGUAACUGUGUUUAACAGUAGAGUAUUGCUCAACAUAAGUCAGAUUGUUUUCAGUAAUUCAUCCUUUCACAUCAUUCAUUCUAUUUCUCUUUCUAUGUACAUACCAUUGUCUGCUUGAGGUUCCCAUACAUACAUUCUUCCCACUUCCUAUAGCAGGUGUGAAACCCAACCAGGAUAGCAUGCUCUUUUACAGUUUCCUUGUCUUCCUUUUCAGUAUAAGAGGAUCUAGGGAUAUUUUUUUCAAAUACUGAAGUAUAUAGCCACCAUUAAGUUUUAUAGUCAGUGAACAUGAUUAAAAAAAAUGGAUAAUUAUUAAGAAGGUGCAGAUGUUUGCAAGUAAAGCUUCACAAGAUUGGCAGGCAAGCUAAGGAAAGCACUGUAACCUGGUCCCUACAUAGGUACUGUGUGUUACACAAGUCUGAUUGUUUUCACCACUCCAUCAGUGUAAAUUUUGGUAGAGUGUAGCACAUGGUAAUUCCGUGUGCCGGAUCAGCUGUCUUCUACCUGAUACCUGUUGUCUGUUGUGACCACAGGGAUUUCUGGCUUAAGGAUAGGAAUCUUACUUGCAUUGUUGCUUUGUAGAAGAGGGAGACUUCCAUUUCCGACUGGGCCUAGGAAGCUCUGAUGCUUUCUUACCAACUCUAAUACCAGCCUAGUAGGAAUAUCACUGCCGUCACUCAUAUAGAGCUGUAAUGACAACACACUGUUGCUGUAAGAGUUUAUCCCUCUGUUGUAGACUAGUGUUCACUUACACAAGGUUGUCCCUAGUUCAUGUUUUUGUUUGUCAGCACAAAAUUAUUUGGCUUCCAGAUUUAUCCCAUCAUAUUAUGCCAGACUGAGCUUUACUCACUUUCCAUGCAGCUUUCAGGAUAGCUUCAGUCAUACCUGCCAGCUCUGAUGCCGCCAUGAUAUACUCUUUCACCCUUCCUUAUACCUUGUUGUCACCACAUUUUCUUCAUCAACUGAUUAGGUGUUAGCACUCACUUUUGGACACAGACUGGUCAUUAAUUAAAAGAACCAUAAAUAUGUUUGGCAACAGAAAAUGGCACAUUUAGUAGUAAAGUUAUGAGAAUGUCUUCUGCUGUGGUGCUGUCACAAUGCAUUCUGCCUGAAAGACUGGAUAUCUGAGGAAAACUGUGACAUGUCUGAAUGUACUUUUGUUUGUUUGUCUUAUUAAUACCACUCAUUCUUAACAGAAGGUGUAGUUUGUAUAUAUAGAAUGAUGAUCAGAGAGUUUGGAGAUGAACUUCAUUUGUUGAAGUUGGUAUGGCUGCAUUUUGAAACCUGGGUUCAUGAGUAAAAGCUGAAUUUUGUAGUACAUGUCCUCCAUAGUUUUUUGUAAAAGGUUUAUUCUGCAUCUGUAAGAAAAAAUAUCAUGCUUCAAAUUUCUGUUCUAGUAUAAAUUAGCUCAACAACAGCAAAGCAAACUGAUGCUAUUUGCUGGGAAAACCAGAAACUAUGUUAAAGCCCUAAAAUCUUAAAAUGAUGGUGAUGCAAGAUUUUGGGUGGAAGGGGCAAAGUGGUAUGUCUUUAUAUAUCAUUUGGUUUUGGCAUUUGAUGGAUUCAGAGAGAAUGCUUUAAGACAACCUCUUGCCUAACAGUAGAAAAAUACAGGUACCCCCAAUGUCCUCCCCCAACUGUUUACAAUGAACGUAAGGAUGGCCUGCAACACAAUUCAAAGUGGAUUAUUUUUGAAUAGUUUUAAUGUGCUUGUGAUAAAAUAUGUCGGCAGCAGUUAAAAAAAAAGUGCAGGAGAUGAAAAUCGGUCUGUUGGAGCACAAAAACGUCACUUUUGGUCAAUAAAAUAGUUCUUGUCUGGUUUAGUUUGUUGGUACACUUACCCAGGUUUCAUAAUGCUAUAAUGCCUAGUGGUAUCACUACACACUAAACUAACCCUUCUCCUGACUGUCAAACUUGUCUCCAGGUUCUUCCAUUUUUUUCUUGAAAAUGUGUGGAUAUUAGUUAUAUAUACAGUCAGAACAAGGUCCUGUAAUGCUUUUUUCAUUUGUUUUUGUUAAGAUUUAUUUUCUGCCUGCUGCUCCCAGCAAUGUAUUGGGAAGGGGAGUGGGCUGCUCCCAGCAAUGUAUUGGGAAGGGGAGUGGGCUGCUCCCAGCAAUGUAUUGGGAAGGGGAGUGGGCUGCUCCCAGCAAUGUAUUGGGAAGGGGAGUGGGCUGCUCCCAGCAAUGUAUUGGGAAGGGGAGUGGGCUGCUCCCAGCAAUGUAUUGGGAAGGGGAGUGGGCUGCAACUUUUUUUAGCAGAGUGCAAGAAUGCUGCCCUACUCUAAUACUGUGAAUAUCUGUUAUACAAGCUACCCAAAGUACUCAUUCCUUACACUCCGCAGAAACCUUAAAACUAAAAAAAUUAUAAACUGGGUGUAUCAACUGUAACUUAGAGCCCUUAAAGAGAUUUGCAUGAAUUAUUACCAUGGAAGCCUUUUCUGGGUUUUUAACCUAUAGUGAUACAAGUCAUUUUGAUGUGCCAUAAAAAGAUCUUAAUACAAUAUAGAAAAUGUUUAUUUUUAUUUACAAAACAAAAAAAAAAAAAGCAGAUGCACUAAAAAGAAUGAGGGCAGUCCAUUUUGUUUGGAAUGUACAAUGCUGGCUUCAGAAGAUGUCUGUUGUUAAAUUAUAUAUUACUUGUACCUAAUGUUCUCUAUGAUUAAAAUGGCUGCUGUAUACAAAGUGUUAAUAAUUCAGGCGCUUUGUUGAUAUGUUUAGUUUUGCAUGUAUAUCAGAACAUUAAUUUCAUUUUCCUGGAUAUUUACUAUCUUUAAACUGUAAGAAUUCGUGACCUGGAAGCAAGUCCUUCAAAAAUGUAUAAUUUUAUAAAUACAUUGCACAACAAAAUG